AUGAGUUCGAAUUCAAUCCCAGAGUUCCCGGUUGGAUUCUUCAGCGAUAUGGGGAGCUUAGAGCUCUUAGCUUGUACCGGCUGCGCUCUCGGACCAACAUUAUCCAGCAAGACUUUUGAAUUCCGUAAUGGAGCCAUACGAGACAUUCACUUAAGUUGGAACUCACUCUCAACUCUGGAAGUGGAUGCGAUCACAGGUUUGCAGCCGAACACAGUCCUAUAUGUUUCUUAUAAUGAUAUUCGGGAGCUGACGGAGGAAUCCUUCCGCCCCAUGCUGAAGAUACUCUCACUAGGGGAUGGGUACAUCUUUUUAGGCUGUGAGAUCCUGCUUGUCCACGAUGCUUAA